AAAAAGGAGCCAAAAAAGACGAAGAAAAAGAAGCCAAAAAAAUAAUGCAUGGUAAUCGGAGACAGAGAAGAGAAAACAGGCUUCCUCCAGUCUGAUAAAAACUUUUCAAUCAGUUCAUUAAGCUUCUCAGACUACUGGUUCGAAUCUUCUCAACCUCUGAAAAAAAACAUAUCAUAAAAUGCAGGAUCCGAUCACAGAACUUCCGCCACCGUCCAGGUUCCAGGUAGGCGACCUGAACAAUUUCGUCACACCCGACAAGUCCCUCUCACUGCCGCACCCAUUCGUGGCAUGGGCUCGAACCCUGGACUCCCCACCAAAGCUUCUCCUUAUAGCCCUUUCGAAAGCUGCUUGCCAUCUUGUACAUUAUCUUCCUUCCAAAACUCUAAUGGGAACUUUCGUACUCCCAGAAAUUUCCAUGUUAGAAAACACUAUAGAGCCCUCUGUACAAGAUAAAUCGUGCCUCUUGUACUCCCCCAAAGGCGACCCCACAGUCAUGUUGGCGUCCGUGCAGUACGCUGUGUCGGAGGAGCGAGCGGUUGUGUGGGCGAAGGCCUUGCUGCGGGAGGUCCGUCCGGAGGCGGUGGUGAUUGCUGCUUCGAUUCCUAGCAUGCAUUUCAGAGGUAAGCUCUCCAACGAUGAAACCCUACUAUUUAAGCUUGAAACCCUAGCGCAAAGGCGUGAAACUAAUAGUGAUUUAAAUGAUGUACCGUAUUUUCCGUCCGGGAGCGUCGUUGACGGCCCCGCCGCCGCGCUGCUCACGCAGUGCCAGAUGGCGAAAUUGAAGGCGCGGCUGAUUGUAUCAUGGCCGGAAUAUGACACGGCGAUAGUUCGUUUGCUGGGUUCUUUGUUCAAUAGGGUUUGUCCUAGUGUCGAUUUUAGUGUUCCCGCUCGGACGCCGCUUAUUAAAGCAUUGCGCUUAGAAUCAGAUUUGUAUACAUGAAAAAUCUACCUGGAGUAAAGUAUACGGUUUAAGAUUUUUUAAGCCCUUGGAGGAGCUUGAGUAUAAAGAUUUUUAAAGCCGUCAAGAGUAAAUGUGGAAUUUUAGAAUUUCAGAUUGCCUGAAAGAGUUUUGACUGUGAAGGGUUUUUGAAGCCCCGUAUAAGAAACAACUAUACAAAUUUCUUCUUAAUUGUACUGGUUACAUCUGUAACACCUCUGUCUGACUGCCUUGUGUAUGGCAAAUUGAAGGUGAGGGGUUUUGAAUCUUAUGCGAUCCACUUUUAACUGUACUUUUUAAAUAUUUAGGACCUCUAUGCAAUUUUUCUUACUGCCGUUAUGAUCAAUGCAGCUUAUUGUUUCCCAAUAACAGUGGGGUAAGGCAUAUUUACAGACAGGUCGCUCUGUGCAAUUGAAUGUAAUUCUUAUUUUAUUUGA